CCGUCGCCGGUCGCCGCCGUGUUAUUAUUAUUAUUCCUCGUCGUCGUCGUCGUCGUCGAAGGCCAUUGCCGCCGUCGCCGCCGCCGCCUCUGUCGGGCCCGAGAGUUCGUAUAUUCCGGUUGCACACGGUCGACCACUAGCCGCCGUCGCCACGCAUUCGUCCGGACACUAUUACGUCGGCAGAACGUAUCCCGCGCGCGCGCGUAUACGAUGGUUCGACGCGGACGCGAUUGAUCGAACAGUUAUUCAUUUAUUGCUGUAUUUUUUUAUCCAGUUUUUAUCCUUACAUAAAGAGUGUGCGGUUUCUUUUUUGUUUUUUUUUUGUAUUCCAUCAACAAGUUGAAAGUUGAUCGACUACCCUUGACGAUUCACCCGCGAGGAUAAUACUUUAUAGUGCAGCGCUACUCAAAUACUACGCCACAUUUCACCUACGCGCAGCUUACGUAUAUUAUUGUAUACACUCGUCGUGACACAUCGGUGAUCUGCAGUGCGCCAUGACUACCAGCCGGCACGCGGUCGCCGCGUUCGCCACCCUGGCGGUCGUCUGCUGUUCUAUGCUCGUCGUCGUUCGCGGCUACGAAUCCGGCGCGCCGGUGCUGACGUGUCGCACCAUGAUCCCGGGUCACGGCAAAGCGGCUCAGGUGUCUGCCGCCCCGUACAGGAUCGUGGUGUCGGAGAACGUCACGUCCUCGAGGGUUCGCGUCACCCUGACGGCGCCCCGGCCCAACGACUACUUCAUCGGGUUCCUGGUCGAGGCCCGAACGCCCGGGACCGGCGAGGAUGCCGUCGGAUCGUUCGUCCAGGUGCCGCAGGACUCGCAGACGCUCGACUGCAACGAAGUGAUCAGCUCGGGCGUGACCCACAGCAGCAACACGAAAAAGAAGUCAGUAGAAUUCGAUUGGGAAGCACCGAGAAACUUUAACGGACAAGUGAACUUUGUUGCUACGGUGUUACUUGAUUACGAAACAUUUUGGGUUGGUAUAACUUCGACUCCAGUUCAGGUUAGCAGUGCAAAAGGCGGGCCUUCGGAUGUCGAACCUAUUGAAAUCGGCAGAUCAGAAAAUGGUCUCAGAGAAAUCGAAGCAAACAUUUACGAUGGUUGUGGAAAAACUAAAAACUGCGUCGGAGCGCCUCUUGGUUGCAUUCAAACGAUGAAUUGCCGAGCGGUUGUAGCUUUGAUGCCGUCGAAUGACAAAUAUCAGUUUGAAAUGAUGGCCCGUGAUAGCCAAUACGUGGCUUUUGGACUUUCGGACGACAACAAAAUGGGAGGCGAUGGCGUUGUCGAAUGUGUUCAUGAAGAAAGUGGCCGGAGCAACAGUGUAAGUGCUUACAAAUCGUGGAAUGUUCCCAAUCGAAAGCAAAAUCGACGCGUUGAGGACUUGUCGGGCGUGAAUUUGGAAAGCGCAUCGAUCAUCGACGGUGCUAUUUACUGUAAGAUUGUCGUGGAUCCUGUUUUAAAAAUAGAAGACAACACGUAUGACUUAGAUAACAAUAAUUAUUUCGUCCUUCUGGCUGCCGGUGCCUCGUUAAAAACUUUCAGCGUUGGUUACCAUGAUGUAGCAUUCAUAAGUAGCCCCGACAAGAGGAAACUCGGUCAGUUGAGAGCGGCUCGUGUAAUGGACCCGUUUUAUGACAACUGUGGUCAGACGAAAACGUGUUUCGGAUCGCCCGAUGGUUGCUUGUCGACACAGGACUGCGCUGCCGUAACGGCCGUCAAAGUCGAAGGGACUAGGUACAUGUUUGAAAUGAAAGCCAGGAACGCUGCUUAUGUGGCCGUCGGUAUCUCGGAUGAUCAGAAGAUGGGAGGAGACAGCGUCAUGGAAUGUGUCCACGAAAACGUCGGUACGAACCUAAUCAAAGCUUAUAUGUCAUGGAACGUUCCUAAUCAAAAGAGUAACAAACGUUUAACGAGCCAAAACGGACUUACACUAUUAAAUUCAUCGUUUAUCGACGGCACGAUUUACUGUAACGUUGUGCGGGACGCUGUCACUAAAGUGGAAGGAGUUAAUUAUGAUUUGAUCAGAAAUAAAUACUUUUUAUUGAUCGCCGCCGGUACAUCGUUAAAAGAACGGAGUGUAGGCUACCAUGACUUGGCCUAUACCUCAACCGCGGAGGCGAGUGCGUUGUCGGAAAUCAAGUCACUGAGAACCUCGUCAAAGUUGCUUUUGAGGUUACACGGAUCGUUUAUGAUUGUCGCAUGGAUUGGAGCGGCCAGCAUAGGUAUUGUCGUCGCCCGGUAUUACAAACAGACGUGGGUCGGAGGUUCGUGUUGUUCCAAGGAUUUGUGGUUUGGGUGGCAUCGUUUGUUGAUGAUGUUCACUUGGAUCCUUUCGUUGUCCGGGUCGGCUUGCAUAUUCGUGGAACUCGGCGAAUGGGUGUCCGGUCCCAGUCAAACGCACGCGCUUUUGGGAGUCGUCACUACCGUGUUGGCAUUUUUCCAGCCGAUUUUCGCAGCGUUUCGGCCUCAUCCUGACUCGUCGAAGAGGCCGAUUUUCAAUUGGAUCCAUUGGCUGGUCGGAAACGCAGCUCAUAUAUUCGCCAUUUUAACCAUAUUUUUCGCCGUCUCGCUUAGCAAAGCCGAACUUCCUGCAUGGAUGGAUUGGAUACUAGUAGCUUACGUAGGCUUCUACGUUAUUAUUCAUUUAAUAUUGUCGAUAUCCGGUUGCUUGAGUGAAAAAUCGGGAAGCAUGCGCAUAAACACGUUCCCCAUGAAAGAUCUUCACAACGGAAGGAAUCCAAUGAGCUACGAACAACACAAAGAUGCACCGCAUUCUGGAUUCCGAAAAUUCUGGCUGUUCAUUCAUGUGCUGUUUAUUGUUUUGAUAACAUCAGUCUUAGUGUUAAUUGUUAUUUUUGCCCCGAUUGAAACCAAGUUAAAUUCUCUCCGGGAACAAUUCAGCUAAGAGUUAUCAAAAGCUUUUGUAAUAUUUGUACUAUAAAUUUAAUUUACUUUUAAUUGAUUUAUUUUUUAUAUUAUUAUUUAUUAAACCAAAAUAAUUGUUUUAAAUACAGGAUUUUACAUAUUGCCUGAAUAUAAUGUACAGAUAUUCCAAUUAUUAUUUUACUAUGUUGUAGUAACCUACUAAAACACAGGUUGUUCGAAGCUUGUUUUGUAUUAUGUACCAUGUUUACAUGACUUGAUGUAAAUCCUUUUUGUAAUUCAUUGACCAUUGUAACUCGUUUUAUUAGUCUACUUAGAUUUACAACAUUAUAUACGUAGGUAAAUAGAGAAUAUAUUAAAAGGAUAUAUUGGUGUAAUAUUUAUUUUACAACAAAGGCGUUAUACAAAAUAUUACAUUAUUAUAUUAUCAUAAUACAAAAUUACAUAGAUAAUGUUAUUAUGUAACAAUAUAGCUAAUUACUGUGCUAAAAUAUGAAAUUCAAGGAAUUUCCAAGUUAAUCUUACAAAAUUCGGCGCCUACCUAAAAACUACAAAUUACAAUGGUAUUAUUUAAAAACUAAUAUUUCAUAAGAAAUAAUUAAUAUUUAUACAAUAAUAUGUUUAUUAGAGUGACCGAUAUGUGUUUAAUAUAAAAGUUGCGUUAUGAUUGACUGUUAAGGGUUUAUAAAACGCAACUUAUAUUUUUUCAAAAAUGUAACGUUUUUAAAUAUAUAUGUUUACAUGAUAAUAGGUAAUAUGAAAUAAAAUUAUUUUAUGCAGUA